AUGAGCGAAAACGAGCUCCAGACUGCUGGCGGGCCUUCGACGAGCCGCUCGCCUCGGAAACACAUCAACAGCGAACCAUUGCCGACCGACUCAAUGGUCACCGUCAGCCUUUCGGACGCGAACCAGGCCGUUGAGCUAGAGGAAGAGUCUGCUGUCAAACACAGUCUAGAAGAGGAGGCGGUCAGCUCACGACCCAAUUCGCUGGACAUCACGCGAGGAAUAGACUCUACGCCCCCUAGAAGAAUCACAUCAGUCACCGAUGAUAUCAGACAUACCACCACUAUCGAUGUGGGCGACCCAGCAAAAGACCUCAGAGAAGCUGAGGGUAUGCCUGUUGUGUAUGGCGAUCGCUCGCGAAGCGAGAGCUCAGCAUCUGAGGACAGCGCUGGUGUCGAUUGGGAGCAGCUCCAGAAGACAGAGCAACAAGUACCGAUGGAUGACAUCUCCGAUGAGUCGAUGGCAUUGCUGCUCGCCAGACUCGAGCAGGAGAACAACGCCCUAGCGACCGAUCCCAAGUCUGGCCUCAAAACACGGGCGCGCGGCCAGUCACGUCCGCCGUCUAUUCAGCAGCUCAAGAAGCUCGUUAAGGAUCCGUCCUCACGCUUCUCGCUGUUACCUGCCCCUCCAAUGACUGAACUCGAGUUCUGGGCGGCGCUUGUUAGGGACUACCCACAAACCGCACAGCGUCUUCCGACGCUCACAGCGAACAAGAUCAGAGGUGGCAUACCAGCACCUCUCCGCGGCGUGACUUGGAUCAGCUUGGCUCAGGCUCGGAAUAAACUUAUCGAGUCUCAGUACGACAACCUUUGCGGCGAACCAAGCCCCUAUGAAAACAUCAUAGGGAAGGACCUUGGACGCACUUUUCCCGGCGUGGAGAUGUUUCGCGAAAAGGAAGGGCAGGAGAUGCUUGGCAGAGUCCUCAAGUGCUUCAGCUUGUAUGACCAAAAGAUCGGAUACUGCCAGGGACUGGGCUUUCUUGUUGGACCUCUGCUCAUGCAGAUGGGCGAUAAGGAGGCAUUUUGCGUGCUUGUGCGGUUGAUGGAAGACUAUGACCUACGAUCGUGUUUCCUGCCCGAUCUCUCUGGACUUCAUCUUCGCAUCUACCAGUUCCAGCAUCUCCUCCGUCAGCAUCUUCCGGACCUCGCUGCGCAUCUUGACGGAUUACAGGUCGAAGCAGCCUAUUUGGCGCCAUGGUUUCUCUCACUUUUCGCUUCUACGUGUCCACUACCGAUGCUCUUCCGGAUCUACGACGUCCUGUUCGCCGAGGGUGCAUCUGAAACGGUCAUGCGUGUUGCUCUAUCAAUCAUGCGCCGGAACGAGAGGAGAAUCCUAGCCUUUACGGAGUUCGAAGAUGUAAUGCAGCUUCUGCUUUCUCGAGCCCUUUGGGAUCCUUACGGCUGUCACGCCAAGUCCGCCGACGAGCUUGUGAACGACUUCGUAAGCCUGACUGGCCUUGUGACCCGAGAGGCCCUGCAGAACCUGGAAGCGAACUUCAGGGAAGCUCAGAGUGAAGACAAUGGCACCAGUGCCGGGUUCUUGCCCGGAGUUCAAACGGCUGCGGCUAGAUUCCUCGGUCGUUUGUGGACUCCAUCAAAUUCGUCAACAAAAUCUGCUUCGCUCAGUCCGCAUGCUACUACACCUUCGAGGCCACUGAGCUUGCUCAACCGAACGAUUUCGAGGCAGAGCCUGGCUUCGACAAUCAGCUCUGCGGAGGUGAACGGGUCGAACAGCGCGACCAGCCAUGCCAGUACACCGAUCACGGAAGUCAGUGACCUAUCGCGAGAUUCCUCCGCGGACGGCGUAUCCAUCAAAUCGCACACCGAAUCGAUGCGUCCUUCAAUAAUGCAUACGGUGUCAAGCCACGAUCGGGACCUGCAUGGCCAGAUAGAGGGCUUGCUCACGGCUCUAAGCAACGUGCAGCAGGAGCAUGCCUUACUUGCAGCUCAGCUGCAGAAGGAGCGGGAAGAGCGAAACGAUGACUAUCGUGUUGUCCGGUCAGUAUUGGGCCGCCUGAAGGAGGGCCAAUGCGCAGUGCCUGAUCCCCCCAAAAUGCGAAGGAGGACUGCGGCUUAUGGAGAAAACGUUGGUGGUGCAUCUGCUGCAAUUCCGUCAAUCGUACCAUCAGUUCUCUGUUCCCUCGACAACCACUUCCCACAAACACGACACUCCCGGAUGUCCUCGGCCUUUGAAACGAAAGCUACCCUCCGCGAUGCACUUGCCCGGACCAAAGACCAACUUCACGACGAAGUUUCUCGCUCCACCUCCCUGUCACGGCAACUUUCAGAUCAAGUCGUGGAAGCGAACACCGCCCGAGAUCAGCUUAAAGACACACGUCGUCAACUCCGUGAAAGCCAUACCGAGCGUCAACGGCUCGAGAAAACCAUUCAAGACCUCCGCCGCGACGGCCUGCGACCCACUGGUGCGAGAACCGGGUUAACCCCCGAUCUCUCGAGUCUAACAGGUUCAGACACAGCGGAACUUACCACCUCAGCGACAACGACAGCCUCUACCCCCAGCACAACCGGCCUCCGCGAGUUCAAACUCUCGCGCUCCGCCUCCACCCGCUCAAGCCAGGUGACUUUCUCCAAACGCUCCUCCUCCCUCGCCACCCAAGCGGUGCUUUCGACGGACAACCACGCGCCAGCCAGCGAGGACGCGCUCCUCCUUGAGCUCGUGAACGCAAAGACGAGCGAGGCGGUCGCGAAACAGGAACUCGAGGAGAUGAAGGCGAAGUUCGACAGCAUGAAGAAGAUGCUGGACGUGUCGACUCCGAGUCCUGGGAUUGCUAGGCUGGGUCACAAAGUCAGUCCGAGCGAGGGCGGGAAGAGCUACAUGAAUCUUAGUCUACCCACGCCGCCGGCGGAGAGGGGGCCGCAGGCGAAGACGCCGGCUAGUGGGGGUGGAGGGUGGUUUUGGGGGAAGAGGAGCGUGAGUGCUGCGCCUAACGUGGGGAUUGGUCAGGGGACUUGA